AUGUUCCGCCACGGCCUCCGUCGCUUUGCGACAGCCGCCGCGCCUGUCGUCGCCGAUCCGAGCCCAUACCUCUUGAACCUUGCCAAGGCCCAGGGCACCGUCAAGGGCCUCACCGGCGCCAUCGGAAACACGCCGCUCAUCCGCCUCAACAAGCUCUCCGACCAGACAGGCUGCGAGAUUCUCGGCAAGGCCGAGUUCAUGAACCCGGGCGGCUCCGUCAAGGAUCGCGCGGCGCUCUACGUCGUCAAGGACGCCGAGGAGCGCGGCCUCCUGCGGCCCGGCGGCACCGUCGUCGAGGGCACGGCCGGCAACACGGGCAUCGGCCUCGCCCACGUGUGCCGCAGCAAGGGCUACAAGCUCGUCAUCUACAUGCCCAACACGCAGUCGCAGGGCAAGAUUGACCUGCUGCGCCUCCUCGGCGCCGAGGUCUACCCCGUGCCGGCCGUCGCCUUUGACAAUGCCGACAACUACAACCACCAGGCCCGGCGCCACGCCGAGCGCCUCGACAACGCCGUCUGGACGAACCAGUUUGACAACGUCGCCAACCGCCGCGCCCACAUGGAGACGACGGGCCCCGAGAUCUGGGCCCAGACGGCCGGCAAGGUCGACGCCUUCACCUGCGCCACGGGCACCGCCGGCACGCUCGCCGGCGUGACGCGCUAUCUCAAGGACGUCAGCGGCGGGCGCGUCCGCAGCUUCCUCGCCGACCCGCCCGGCAGCGUGCUGCACAGCUACAUCCAGUCGGGCGGCGAGCUCGUCGAGCGCAGCGGCUCGAGCAUCACCGAGGGCAUCGGCCAGGGCCGCGUCACCGACAACCUGCGCCCCGACAUUGCCCUGCUCGACGGCUCGCUGCACAUCGCCGACGAGAAGAGCAUCGAGAUGGUCUACCGCUGCCUCGACGAGGAGGGCCUCUACCUCGGCGCGAGCUCGAGCCUCAACGUCGUCGCCGCCAAGGAGGUCGCCGAGAAGCUCGGCCGCGGCCACACCGUCGUCACCAUGCUCUGCGACGGCGCCUACCGCUACGCCGACAGGCUCUUCUCGCGCAAGUGGCUCGAGGCCAAGAACCUCGCCGGCGCGAUACCCAAGCAUCUGGAAAAGUACAUUGUCUUGCCGUAA